AUGAGCAAUCCCCAGGCUCCUCCUCAGGCUGGAGCCUCAGAGCUGGAGGUGAUCUCCCAGCAAGUGGAGGAGGACAACCAGUGCGUGGCCCCUGUCCAACUGGUCAGCUUUGCCUACAGAGACUUGCCUUUGGCCGCCCUGGACAUAUCCCUCGCUGGAUCCCAGCUCAUCUCAAACCCAGAUGAAGAGGACAACAGAGAGGGGUCGAAGUGGCUGAAGCCUUGCUGUGGAAGAAGGGCAGCACUGUGGCAGGUCUGUCUGCUGUCGGCAGGCUUCAACUGUUUCCUGGUGGCCUGUGUCAUCCUGGUGGUGCUGCUCCUGACGCUGGAGCUACUCAUAGACACCAAGCUGUUGCAGUUUAAUAAUGCAUUCCAGUUUGCCAGCAUCAUCCACUGGAUCAGCCUGGCCAUCCUCUCCGUGUUCUUCACCGAGACGGUGUUCAGGAUCGUGGUGUUUGGGAUAUGGGAUUACAUAGAGAACAAAGUAGAGGUGUUUGAUGGAGCUGUCAUUGUCCUCUCUCUGGCCCCCAUGGUGGCCUCCACAGUGGCCAACGGCCCCAGCAGCCCCUGGGACGCUAUUGGUCUCAUAAUCACACUGCGCAUCUGGAGGGUCAAGAGGAUCAUUGAUGCCUAUGUGCUGCAAGUGAAGGUGGAGAUGGAGCUGGAGAUCCAGCAGUAUGAGAAGGCCAAGGCGGUGAGGGAGGAACAGCUUGACCGCCUCACUCAGAUCUGCCAGGAACAGGCAUUUGAAAUCAGACAGCUGAGGGCCCACCUGGCCCAGCAGGACCUGGAUCUGGUAGCAGAGCGUGAAGCAGCAAUGCAGAUUCACCAUAUGUGGGGUAAACAAAGCAGCACUUUCCAGGAGGUGGACGGACUCGCCCCAGGGUCCUCCGAGCAUCACUGUCCAGCUAAAGCUAGAGAGCCCGGGAGGCCUGCAGAUCACCAUGCCCAGGAUGACAUGAACAACUACAUCAGCCAGUACUACAGUGAGCCAAGCAGUGAUAUGGGGAUCCCAGACCCUGCACGUGUCAUCACCACCGCAGCCAUAGACGUGCACCUGCCUAACAACCCCAGCCAGCUUCCUUCCUCUUUGGUGAGUGCCGACGCAGUGCCGUCAAGCCGUUUGCAGCGGACCGGCAGCUCAGUCAGCGAAGCCUCCACGACCACGGUGUCCCGCACCAGCUUCAGCGCCCACCAGCACAGCAUCAGCAGCCACACGCUAGGCUCCACCACCGACUGCAGCUCCACGGUUCGAGAGGCCUCCACCUCCACAGACUACAGCGACCAACGCUGCUACCCUCCACCCUACAGCAGCCCCGUAACCCUGGGCACUCAGCCUCGGGGGAGUCCCAGCGCUGUGGUUCAGGAGCUGCUCUCCUCUCUGUCCGAGGAGUCCUGUCUCUCGCAAAAGGGCCUGGACCCUGUCAACCUUAAACCGCCCAGCCCGGCAGGCUCCACCAAAAAUAGCCCUGAGCUGGAGCACAAGGUCAAUAUCUACAACAAGAGGAACCAGGAGCGCCGAGUUGGGCUCCACUCUAAGCCACUUAUCCAUCUGCAAGGCAAUGAGCCUCUUCUAGAGGAGAAGUACAGGAUGAUGGAGCCAGUAGACGCCCCAGUCAACCGACUGUCAGAGACAUAA